UUCAAACAAAAUGCUUGAAGGUGUGGCCAGGAGAUAAGAAUGGAAUUCUGGGACAGACUCCUCUUUAUCCAUCAGCAGCGCUGGAAGAGUCCAGCAGCAGCAGAGGAUUAGGAGAGACUACCAAGAAGCAGUGCUCUCUCCUAACUGGUCAACACCAUGGUUCAGCUUCAAGUCUUCAUUUCAGGCCUCCUGCUGCUUCUCCCAGGUGCUGUGGCUUCUUAUACGGUAGUGCAGGGUCACUCUGUCACACUUCCGUGUAUCUAUUCAACAACAUACCGUGAUGAAAUCGUUCCCACAUGUUGGGGUCGAGGAGAAUGCCGCUCUUCUUAUUGUAUGAGGUCACUUAUCUGGACCAAUGGUUAUAAGGUCACAUAUCAGAGGAGCAAUCGAUACCAGCUAAAGGGGAAUAUUUCAGAAGGAAAUGUGUCCUUGACCAUAGAGAACACUGUUGUGAGUGACAGUGGUCCUUACUGUUGUAUAGCAGAGAUACCUGGAGCAUUCUAUUUUGUCGACUAUCUGUUGGAGGUUAAAGCAGAACUUCCAACAAGUCCCCCAACAAGACCCACCAAUACAGGAAGACCAACAACUACAAGACCCACAACUACAGGAAGACCCACAACUACAGAAAGACCCACAACUACAGGAAGACCCACAACUACAGAAAGACCCACAACUACAGAAAGACCCACAACUACAGAAAGACCCACAACUACAGAAAGACCCACAGCUAUUUCAACAAGAUCCACACAUGUACCAACAUCAACCAGAGUCUCUACCUCUACUCCUCCAACACCAGAACAAACACAGACUCACAAAUCAGAAGCCACUACAUAUUAUCCAGAUCAGACAACAGCUGAGGUGACAGAAGCCCCAUCCUAUACUCCUACAGACUGGAAUAACACUGCAACAUCCUCAGAUGACUCUUGGAAUAGUGACACUGAAGCAAUCCCUCCACAGAAGCUGCAGAGAAACCCGACUAAGGGCUUCUAUGUUGGCAUGUCCUUUGCAGCCCUGCUGCUGCUGCUGCUUGUGAGCGCCGUGGCUAUCACCAGGUACAUGGUAAUGAGAAAGAAUCCCGGCUCUCUGAGCUUGGUUGCCUUCCCAGUCUCUAAGAUUAGAGCUUCCCAAAAUAAGGUGGUGGAGCAGGCCAGAAUUGAAGACGAGGUCUACAUUAUUGAAGACAGUCCUUACUCUGAAGAAGAGUCCUAGUGGCCCUCUGAGGUGCCUUCUGUCUGAGAUUAAAGAAAUUGUCGGGGGCUGGAGAGAUGGCUCAGAGGUUAAGAGCACUGUCUGCUCUUCCAGAGGU